ACUCGUCAAAUGACGUAGGUUAAGAGGCGUCUUGUAUCCCUUCGAGCGGGACUUUGAGUUCUAAUCACUGAUUGAUUGCCUGAAACAAAAACUAAAAUUUGUGACUUUCUUAAAAAAGCCUAGCUGCUUUUGUUGUUUAACGUUACCAGACAUGGCCCAACGGAUUGAAGCAGAUUUACCACCUAGCCUUGCGUGUCUGAAAAAUGUUGAUACCCUGCUUCGGUGUCCCAUUUGCUUUGACUUCCUCAAUAUUUCAAUGAUGACUAAAUGCUCUCACAACUUUUGCUCCUUGUGCAUCAGAAAAUUUCUUUGCUAUAAGUUGCAGUGUCCAGUUUGCAAUACACAAGCAACAGAACAAGAUCUCAGAACCAAUCGUUUACUGGAUGACUUGGUCGUAAACUUUCAAGCUGCAAGGCAGCAGUUGUUAAACGCAAAUUUUGACUCUCCUCCAAUAUCGCCAAAGACCCCAGUUUCAGCUGUUAAAUGCAGAGCUCCAAGAGAGAGGGGCCAGAAGUUUAAUAGCUCUGUUCUGAGUCACUUCUUCCAAAAAAGGCCAAAAACAUCUCCCGCUGAAGAAACCCAGCAAAGUAGUUCUGUUUCUCAGUGUGUUCAGCGGGGGGAAAUACUGACUGCACGCACCCACAAUGCAAAUUAUGCUGGCCUACAUUCAGCGACUGCUCAACUUCCACUGGUUGUGAAGGAAGAGCCACUGGACGUGGAGGAGACAUCGAUCCAGUGUUUGAUGUCAGUCAAACAGGAGGCCGGAGUAUCGCACAGUAUUAUGGCGCUUUGUUCUUCGCCAUCAAAAGACGUAAAGCCCAUAAUCAAAGUGGACUGCCCUGUGUGUUCUGUAAGUGUGCCACAGCAGUUUAUUAACAAGCAUCUGGACACGUGCCUUUCCAGAGGAGAGAAGAAGGAAAGCUUGAGGAGCUCCCUUGGCAAUACGAGGCGUCCAAUGACAAAGCUUGUGUACAACCUGCUUUCAGUGCAAGAGCUGAAGAGGAGGCUGAAGGACUGCCAUCUCUCAAUUCAGGGUUCUCGUGAGCAGCUGAUCAAAAGACACCAGGAGUUUGUGCACAUGUACAAUGCCCAGUGUGAUUCCCUCAACCCCAAAUCAGCUGAAGAUAUUGCCAAAGAGUUGGAGACCAAUGAGAAGAUCAGGAAUCAACUGCAGGGGAAAGCUAAACCUGUCAUGGUUUUCACAAAGAAUAAGUCUGAGAAGGAGAUUGAUGAGAUGCAUUCAAAUUACAGGAAGCAGCACAGCAGUGACUUUUCCCGCCUAAUUGCCCAGGUUCGGGGUCACCUAGAGACCACCAGGCAGACUCGUAUCAAACAGGAAGUCAUUGUGGAAGGAGAGGAUGCACAAAAAAACCACCCUUCUGAUCAAGUUGCAGAAUCAAAAAGCUGCCCAGUGAUGAAGAUAGAAGAUGGAGAAUCUGACGAGGAGCCAAGGAUUGAAUUGUCAUCUAGCCCCACUUAUAGUGAAGUGUCUAUCAGCAGUUCUAUUUCAGACGUCUUUGGUCCAGAAACUGCCAGAAACCCUGAAGACACAGAGAGGACCUCUGUCCAAAAGCGAACGUCCAGCACCAGAGAUGAUGCAGCCUUAUCGCCCGGCGGUGGAAAACGACGACGUAAAACAUAACAAGAAUUGGAGGAAAGGGAGAGAGAACAAGAUGUUUCACCUACCAAAUCAAUGCAAUAAAUGUUUGACUGACUUUCAAGUAUAUUACAGGUUUAUCGAUAUGCACACAGGCCUGUCCAGUAUUUAAAGGGAUUUUCUGAAGUUUCACUGUUUUCAUCAUGUGUCAUGCUAUGAAUAAAUGUUAAGUAUUUUAAUAGACUUUGUGGUCUUGUGAUCCAUGAUGAGCUGUGGCCCCCAGCAUGUCAUGAGGUUAC